CUUGCGCCGCCCCGCUCCCCCCGCGGUCCACAGCAGCCGAGCAGGCGGCCGAGCGGGGCCGGCAGGGCCGGGCCCUGUGCCUGGGGUCAGCCCCCGGGAGCUGAGUGUGGCUCACGGGCCCUUCCACAGGCCAUCGGCAGGUGGGCCGGAGCCUGUCCGCGCCGCUGGCGCAGUGGGUGCCUUCCUCUUGUAUACAGCCUUACCCUGGAAUUGCUAGGGUUGGGGUUUUUUUCGGUACACGUGCUGGUUUGGAUUUUGCAGUCAAAAUACUAAUUAUGUCACCUCGUGAUGGAAUACCGAAGUCCUUCAUGUGAUCAAAACCCACAAAUCACCUACUAUGCUGAGACGCUGAGACACGUGUGGACAUUGGAGUUGGCAGCAGGUCUUCAGGAGUUCUUGUAAUGCACUGUAAGGCAGAGUUGGGUCCACCAUGCAGCCAUGCUUUAAGGGGCUUCAGCAACGUCACACUCACAUCCUCCAGAAGUUAAAGCUCCCAGAUAAAACUGUUUGGCUCCAGCAUGAAUUGUCCAGUAGCAGAGUGGGGCUAAACAAAUCACUUGAUGGCUGCCUCAGUAGCAUUUAGGUAUCACCUGUAUGUAGUAUAAGUUAUUUCUUGCAGCAUUCAAUCAGGUGAUUGGAACUGUUGUGCUCACUAAAUACAAAUACAAGUGUGUAUUUGUAUUUAAUGUGACAGUUUUAUAAAUAGAGAUGACAUCUAGCCAAUCUGUUUCACCUUUGGCUCAGCUGGUCCUCUUGAAGUGGACAUUUUUGGUACAUCUCUUCUAUAGUAGUAUUUGAUGGAUGAUUCUGAAAUUGCUGGGUUAUUUGUUUCUUCGUUUUAAUUUUUACAUACUUAAAAUUGAAGAAGCCUGAUGCUAAUAGCAUGGUUGACCCAAUUUUUAGAGCUCUUAAAAAAAGCUGCUGGUUUUCUGCUUUUGUUGCCCACCUCCAUAGGCUGCAGCUUAGCAGGCACAUCCUUUCACAUUUGCAAUUAAAAUGGCAGAAAUGGCUCCUGAUGCUUCCGAGAAACUGGUUGUCAUCCACUCCAAAGCUCACAAAGAUACCAUUCUAGCUAAUUUUGAGGAACAAAGGAAAAAGAAUUUUCUUUGUGACAUUACUCUAAUAGUGGAGAAUGUGCAGUUCAGAGCCCAUAAAGCUUUGCUUGCUGCCAGCAGUGAGUACUUCUCAAUGAUGUUUGUGGAUGAGGGUGAAAUAGGCCAAUCAAUUUACAUGUUGGAGGGAAUGGUUGCAGACACCUUUGGAGCACUGUUGGAAUUUAUCUACACUGGUUGCCUCCGCGCCAGUGAAAAAAGCACAGAACAAAUUCUGGCUACUGCACAGCUGCUGAAAGUGACUGACCUGGUGUGGGCCUGUACAGACUACCAGGCCAGCCGUAGCCCAAGUAAUGUGUUACCAGCUCCAUCUAACAGUGGAGCCUCUGUAGCUGUUAUUGGAAGCGACAAGAAGAAUGGAGAUCCACCAAAGCGAAAACGAGGGCGACCAAGGAAAGUCAGGAAUGUCCAAGAGGAAGAAUCAGGAGCAAAUUCUGCCGAAGAUGUGCAGCUGAGAGAGAACAACUCCAUGCAAAAUAAGCAAAAUUUUAUGAAAAGAGACAGUGCACCAGAAGAAACAGUUGCCAGCGAACAGGCUCCAGUUGGGAAAGAUGCAGAAGAAAAUGAACCUGCUUGUGGCUCAGAAGCUGCCGUCAGUCUCUCAGCUGAGAAAGAUGAAAAUUAUGAUCCCAAAUCUGAAGGAAUACAGAGCACUCAGAGCCGUUACAGCAAACGUAGGAUAAGGAGAUCAAUCAAACUCAAAGACUAUAAACUUCUUGGUGAUGAGGAUGAAAAAGGACUGGCAAAGAGAACUGAUGGAAAAAGAAAACGUGCAGGUUCUGAAGCUCGCUGUAAAGACUGUGGCAAAGUAUUUAAAUAUAAUCACUUCUUAGCUAUUCAUCAGCGAAGUCAUACAGGGGAGCGUCCUUUUAAGUGCAGUGAGUGUGGCAAAGGCUUUUCCCAGAAGCAUUCUCUUCAAGUCCACGAGCGGAUGCACACCGGAGAGCGGCCAUACACGUGCACCGUCUGCAAUAAGGCUCUGACAACAAAGCAUUCUCUUCUGGAGCAUAUGAGCCUACAUACAGGGCAGAAGGCUUUUACAUGUGAUCAGUGUGGGAAAUACUUCAGCCAAAAGAGACAGCUCAAGAGCCACUAUCGAGUACACACAGGCCGUUCACUGCCGGAAUGUAACCAGUGUCGUCGCAAAUUCAUGGAUGCAGCUCAGUUAAAGAAACAUCUAAGAACACAUACAGGUGAGAAGCCCUUCACUUGUGAAAUUUGUGGCAAAUCUUUUACAGCUAAAAGUUCUCUUCAGACUCACAUUAGAAUUCACAGAGGAGAAAAGCCGUAUUCUUGUGGUAUAUGUGGAAAAUCCUUCUCUGAUUCCAGUGCAAAGAGAAGACACUGUAUCUUACACACAGGCAAAAAGCCUUUCUCCUGCCCAGAAUGUAGUUUGCAGUUUGCUCGUCUGGACAACCUGAAGUCUCAUUUGAAAAUUCAUAGCAAGGAAAAGCAGUUUCAGGAAGCCAGUGCUGCCCCAGGCCCCAACACUAAUUCAGAAGAAGUGAGAAACAUUCUCCAGCUGCAGCAGUAUCAACUUGCCACCUCUGGAGGGCAGGAAAUUCAGCUCCUGGUUACAGAUGCAGUACACAAUAUAAACUUCAUGCCUGGUCAUAAUCAAGGCAUUAGUAUUGUUACUGCAGAAAGUGCCCCAGCUAUGACCACAGAGCAGGCUGCGAACCUGACGCUGCUUGCUCAGCCACCGCAGCAGCUGCAAAACUUGUUGCUUUCAGCUCAGCAGGAGCAAGCGGAACAAAUGCAAAGUAUCAAUAUGAUUGCGAACCAAAUAGAGACUGCCCAGCCUGAACAAAUGCAUGUCAUCACUCUUUCCAAGGAAGCGCUAGAACACCUCCAUGCUCAUCAAGGACAAAAUGAAGAAAUCCACUUAGCAGGAUCUUCCCAUCCAGCUCAGCAGGUGCAGCUGACUCAGGAAUCAAGUCAACAGUCUCACUCUAGCCAAGAUACAGUUCCUUCCCAUCAAAUCAGUGAAGAACAGAAUCAAAGUGUACCUGUUUCUGAAUCCCGUCAGCAGUCUCUAUUGGUAUUUCUGUACCACUUAGUCCAUACCUCACAAGCGAUUAGUGUGGGGUUUUGUGCCUCAUACACGUCCAUGCCUACUGAGGAGAUGUUUGGCCCCUUGUUUGCAUUUCUGCGUGACGCUCCAGAGAAGUGUACCUUGCUGGUAGAAGAACACCAUUUAAAGAUGUCUGUUGAUGAGAAAAUACGACUUCUCUGAUGAAGUCGUUAUCAGAACUACUGUCAAGCUUAAGAUAACCAGUACUUUUUGCAAAGCUAACACCAUAUGUCUUAUGUUUAACGAGCUUUCUCUCUGCAGGUUAAUGUAUAGUUUUCGAUGUGAUCAUUCCCUGAAGUGCAUUUUGAUUUAUUGACUACCAAAUGUGUUUGGUUUGGGUUUAAAUCGUUGCAGCCUUUGACUGGCCCUGGAUUACCCCUUCUGUUUACUGUAUGCCGUACAAGUUUUGCUCCUCAGAAAAUUGCACUUAAAUAGUGAAAAUGAGAUGUGAUGGUUACACUGGACAAACAACAAGCCCAGAUUCUGCUCUGUUAGUUCUACCACUCACUCUCUGUGUGACUGUGGGCAAGGUAGUUGACCACUGUGCCUUAUUUCAUCAUCUAGUAAGUGGAGAUAGCGUUCACACACUGCCAAGCACUUUGAAGAGCUCUUGAUGUUGAAGGCACUGUCUAUUGAAGUGCAAAAUUCUCUUCCUGACAGGUUUCUGUCUAAGCUUAGGAGCCAGUGUAUAUUUAAAGUGUUAUUUUUUGUACUUUUGAGAGCAGAAUGUAAUGUUACUUUUAAUAUAUGUUAAAGCUGGUCAUUGUUUUUGUGGGGACAUGAACGAUGAAUAGAAUCACUUCAGAGCAUAAUGAGCUAUAUAAAUAGGGCAUAUGGCGUUAAAGUUGUACAGCUAUUUUUCGCUGACUAGAUUAGAUGUGUACAGAUUGUUUUUAAUGACUGACUGACUGCUAACAAAAAAGAUUUGACAUCUUAAUAAAAUGCCAUGCUAGAAUACA